AUGGCAGACGACACGAUUCACAAAGUCACGACGAAAUCAUCCAGCGAGUCUGCCUCAGAUUACGGCGAGACUAAAGUUCACCAAUCAAAUAUUGGCCGAAGAAUAUGGGACAGUUUCAAGCCUAAUCCAAAUUCCCUGACCAACACCGUUCCCGGCGCGGACGUUGAAAAUGCCGCGGAAAAUACAGCCAAUUCUCCACUGGAGCGUCGCCUCAAAGGUCGCCAUAUGCAAAUGAUCGCUAUUGGAGGUUCCAUUGGUACCGGCCUAUUUGUGGGUUCCGGGUCUGUUCUAGCUACUGGAGGUCCGGCGUCUUCGCUUAUCGCUUACGGAUUGAUCGGUUUCAUGAUGUACUGCACCGUGCAUGCCCUAGGUGAAAUGGCCGUUCUCUACCCCGUCGCCGGCUCGUUUUCACACUAUGCAACGCGAUUUAUAGAUCCGGCAUGGGGUUUUAGUAUGGGAUGGAACUAUGUUAUGCAAUGGCUCGUGACACUUCCGUUGGAAAUCGUUGCUGCUUCAAUAACUGUCGAUUACUGGCAUCCCAACGUGUCGAAUGCUGCAUGGGUUGCGAUAUUUUGGAUAUUGAUUAUACUGAUUAACCUAUUUGGUGUCAAAGGCUAUGGUGAAGCAGAAUUUGCUUUUUCUUUAAUCAAGGUUGUUGCCGUGGUUGGUUUUAUCAUCCUUGGCAUUGUUCUUAAUUGUGGCGGUGGUCCUCAGGGUGAGUAUAUUGGUGGGAGGUACUGGCAGAACCCAGGAGCCUUUAACAACGGAUUCAAAGGUCUUUGCAGUGUCUUUGCCAAAGCUGCAUUUGCAUUUGCAGGCACGGAAUUUGUUGGUCUAACCGCCGCUGAGACUGCCAACCCACGCAAAGCUCUUCCAACGGCUAUUAAACAGGUCUUCUGGCGCAUUAUUCUGUUCUACCUUGUAUCUCUCACCAUUGUGGGCCUUCUGGUGCCAUACAAUGAUCCGAAACUCAUGUCAGGCAAUUCCGAUGCCGACGCCAGCGCCUCACCAUUCGUGAUUGCAAUCAAGAACGCCGGCAUCUCAGUCCUCGACUCCAUCAUGAACGUUGUAAUCAUGAUCGCAGUCCUAUCAGUCGGCAAUUCCUCUGUCUACGGAUCCUCACGAACCCUCGCAGCCCUAGCAGAGCAAGGCCAAGCACCCCGAUUCCUAGCAUACAUCGACCGCAAGGGCCGUCCCUUAUGGUCCCUACUUGUUGUAUCCGCAUUCGGCCUCCUAGCCUUCCUAGCCGCCUCCGAUAAACAGGCCGUCGCCUUUGAAUGGAUGUUAGCCAUCUCCGGCCUCUCCUCCAUCUUCACCUGGGCCUCAGUAUGUCUAUGCCACAUUCGCUUCCGCCGCAGUUGGAAACUACAAGGGCACUCCCUAAAUGAAUUACCAUUCCGCUCGCAACCAGGAAUCGUCGGUUCAUAUGCUGGAUUCAUCCUGAAUUGCCUGGUGCUUGUCGCGCAGUUCUGGGUUGGAUUUGCGCCGGUUGCGUAUGGGGAGAUGACUGCCUCGGAGAGAGUUUAUAAUUUCUUCUCCGUGUAUUUAGCUGCACCAGUUGUGUUGGCGUUUUAUAUUCCUUAUAAGAUAUAUUAUCGCACGCCGUUUAUUCGCGCGAAGGAUAUGGAUUUGCAUACUGGGCGGAGAGAUUUGGAUAUUCAGUAUUUGAUUGAGGAGGAGCGUGCUGAGCAGGCGGCGUGGCCGGUAUGGAAAAAGGUUUAUAAAGUGUUUUGCUAA